CUCAGUUCCUUUUCUGGUAAACACUGAGCUGAUUAUCCAUCCCUCUUAAAAGUGCCCUGGAAGAAGAGGCUUCCAGCUCUCUGGGGGGUUCUCUUCCUCCUCUGGUCUUUUGGGUUCAUCCCAAAUUAUUCCCCAAUGGAAAGAUCGUUCAAGGAAUUGGGGGCGGUGGCGGGGAAAAGGACAGUCUCCCAAGAGGUCAGGUUAAGCCCCGGUCUCAGGGUGUUGAAGGAGAGGCUGGGGGAAGCAGGAGCCUGUUCCUAGGAGACACUUUCUACUGGGCACCUCUUCCUAGACGGCUUCCCCUGACACCGCCACAGGAAUAGGAAUCAUCAUCCCACGCCGCGGGGAAGGAAACCAAGGCCGGGUAAAGUAACGUAGGACCCUCAAAGUAGCAGAGCCAGGAAUAAAGUCCAGAUUGGGACUCAGGUCUGUGGGCAGUCCAAGGCUGCCCCCUUUACCCUACAAAAAGCUCGUUUCCCCUCUGGAACCCUGGAGUCCUCUUUCCUACCCCGCCUCUUGUUCCCCAAGCGUGGCCAGGGCUAGGGCUCCAGGUCUCCUCCAAGCACCGUUCUGUCUUCCCAGGGAGAGUUUUCCCCCGCCCGGGGCUAGGGUCUGCUGGAUCACCCCUAGACUUUGGAUCGCGACAAGCGACGAGCGACGAGCGACGGCGCUAAGGCACAGGUGGGGCGGGAGCGCGAGAGAGCCGAGCGCGGAGGCGCGGGGGGCGGGAAGCGGGGCCCGGGAGCAGCCUGGGACCGCGGCAGCGCCGCAGCUCCUAGCGCCAGCGGCUGUCUGCCCCAGCCCCUCAGUGGCGGCUCGCUCUCUUCUUCUCUGGCUCCGAACCCGACACAGCCGCUGCCGCCCGGCGCGCUGCGAACUCCCGACAACAGCCCUGGCCGUCAGCGGGCACCAGCCGCUUCCUGUCCCCAGCGCCGAGACUGGAGGGGCGCACCGCGGCCACCGAGCCAGAGGCGCUUCAGGCUGCGAGAGAAGUCCCCGCGCGCCCAGGGGCCCGGCGCAGCUCACGGUGAGCGCCCCCCGGGGCUCGAGGGUCCCUUGACUGAGGGGGCGCAUCCUCGGGGUGCCCGAUGGGGCUGCCCGGGGGUCGCAGGGCUGAAGUUGGGAUCGCGCACAGACCGCCGCUGCAGCCCAGCCAGAAAUGCUGCCGCCGGGGAGCAAUGGCACCGCGUACCCGGGGCAGUUCGCCCUGAACCAGCAGCUGGCGCAGGGAAACACCGUGGGGGGCUCGGCUGGGGCACCGCCACUGGGGCCGGCGCAGGUGGUCACCGCCGGCCUGCUGACCCUACUCAUUAUCUGGACCCUGCUGGGCAACGUGCUGGUGUGCGCUGCCAUCGUGCGGAGCCGCCACCUGCGCGCCAAGAUGACCAAUGUCUUCAUCGUGUCUCUGGCCGUGUCAGACCUCUUCGUGGCGCUGCUGGUCAUGCCCUGGAAGGCGGUCGCAGAAGUGGCCGGUUACUGGCCCUUUGGAGCGUUCUGCGACGUCUGGGUGGCCUUCGACAUCAUGUGCUCCACCGCCUCGAUCCUGAACCUGUGCGUCAUCAGCGUGGACCGCUACUGGGCCAUCUCCAGGCCCUUCCGCUACGAGCGCAAGAUGACCCAGCGCAUGGCCCUGGUCAUGGUCGGCCUGGCCUGGACCUUGUCCAUCCUCAUCUCCUUCAUUCCGGUCCAGCUCAACUGGCACCGGGACCAGGCAGGCUCUUGGGGCGGACUGGACCUGCCCAACAACCUGGCUAACGGGACGCCCUGGGAGGACGUUUGGGAACCCGACGUGAGGGCAGAGAACUGUGACUCCAGCCUGAACCGAACCUACGCCAUCUCUUCCUCUCUCGUCAGCUUCUACAUCCCGGUGGCCAUCAUGAUCGUGACCUACACGCGCAUCUACCGCAUCGCCCAGGUGCAGAUCCGCAGGAUUUCCUCCUUGGAGAGGGCCGCGGAGCACGCGCAGAGCUGCCGGAGCAGCGCCGCCUGCGCGCCAGAGACCAGCCUGCGCGCUUCCAUUAAGAAGGAGACUAAGGUGCUCAAGACCCUGUCGGUGAUCAUGGGGGUCUUCGUGUGCUGCUGGCUGCCCUUCUUCGUCCUUAACUGCAUGGUUCCUUUCUGCAGUGGACACCCCGAAGGCCCCCCAGCCGGCUUCCCCUGCGUCAGCGAGACCACCUUUGAUGUCUUCGUCUGGUUUGGCUGGGCCAACUCUUCACUCAACCCCAUCAUCUACGCCUUCAACGCCGACUUCCGGAAGGUGUUUGCCCAGCUGCUGGGGUGCAGCCACCUCUGCUCCCGUACGCCGGUGGAGAUGGUGAACAUCAGUAAUGAGCUCGUCUCCUACAACCAGGACACCGUCUUCCAGAAGGAAAUCACAGCUGCCUAUAUCCACAUGAUGCCCAACGCGGUGACCCCAGGCGACCCGCAAGUGGACGAUGACGAGGAGGAGGGCUCUUUUGAUCGCAUGUCCCAGAUCUAUCAGAUGUCCCCAGAUGGUGACCCUGUGGCAGAGUCUGUCUGGGAGCUGGACUGCGAGGGGGAGAUUUCUUUAGGCAAAAUAACACCUUUUACCCCAAAUGGAUUCCAUUAAACGGCAUUAAGAAGCUCGCUCCUGGAUCUGCAUCACUGCAGUGACAUUUACAAGCAUGCACACACGCGCAAAUACACGCCUUUCCAGCGCUGCCCUGUUUAUAAUGUGUUUCUGAGUAGUAGCUCAUGUGCGUAGAAACCUCACCCCAUUGAUUGGUAGUUCAAAGAAUUGGCAGAAGCAGUUGCAAUAAACUCAGUCAAAUAUACCCAGCCUGCCAGAGGUGACCCUAUUAAAGAAGAGAGUAUGGUGCUGGGUCCUU